CACGCACACACACACGCACCCUCCCCUGCCUCCCUCCCCGCGCGCCGCCCGCCCGCCCCGCCGGCCCCGCUCGCCCUCGCGCGCUCGGAAGGGAGUCGCGAGACGUCGGAGCGGCGGCCACGUAGCGCUGCGGCGGCGGCGGCGGCGACGGCGGCGGCGGCGGCGGUGGCGGCCGAGGCCGGGUCUGUGGAGCGGCCCUGAGGACAGACGUUGGGCGGGGUGGGGGGGAGGGGCCGGCCCGGCCGGCGGUUGUUACUCGAGCGCCGCGGCUACAGGCCCCCCGCCGCAGGGAUGGACCGCCGAGGCGGCGGUCGGGGCGGCGGAGGCGGAGGCGGCCGGCCCGGAUAAGAUGCUCCAAGUCGCUUGCAGCUGUCUUCAGAAGAAAAAUCACUAGCGCCCUGCUCUUGCCAUCAAACCAGACCUUCUUGACUUACGCUUUGGUGCUGCAACACUGGAAGACUUGCACACAGGUUCCAGGAAUCCAUUCUUUUUCAUGUGAUUGCUUCUUUGUGAAUGAAAAAAAAAAAAAUUGAGUCUUACUGUUUAGAGCAAGUUCUCUUUAGUUGGAACUGCUUAAUCAAUUGGGCCGCUUACCAAUGAGCCAGUCAGCCGGUUCUUGUCAGGAACUGGCUGAAAACUGUGCUGCGCAUGCAGUGGGGAUGGCACAAGAAGAGAGCUGUCGCGGUCAGGUGCCGUCGACCUUUUAUCAUGGUGCCAGCCAAGAACUUGACCUGUCCACCAAAGUGUACAAGCGGGAGUCAGGAAGUCCCUAUUCUGUGUUAGUGGACACCAAGAUGAGCAAGCCGCAUCUCCAUGAAACAGAGGAACAGCCGUAUUUCAGGGAGACAAGAGCCGUGUCUGACGGGCGCGCUGGCAAAGACCAGGAGAAUUCUGAUGACACAGAAGAAGAGGAAGAGGAGGAGGAGGAGGAGGAGGAGGAGGAAGUCUCUUACAAAAGGGAGCAGAUCAUAGUGGAGGUAAACCUUAAUAAUCAAACAUUAAAUGUCUCUAAAGGGGAAAAGGGUGUCUCUUCUCAGUCCAAAGAGACUCCUGUUCUUAAGACGAGCAGUGAGGAGGAAGAGGAGGAGAGCGAGGGAGAAGCCACCGACAACAGCCACGACUAUGGAGAGAAUGAAAGGCAGAAGAAAAAGGAGAAGCGCGCGGAGAAAGUCAGUGUCACGCAAAGGAGAACCCGGAGAGCUGCCUCGGUUGCCGCGGCUGCCGCUUCCCCCACGCCCAGGACGACCCGCGGGAGCCGGAGGAAGAGUGUCGAGCCCCCGAAGCGGAAGAAGCGGGCUACCAAGGAGCCCAAAGCUCCAGUUCAGAAAGCUAAGUGUGAAGAGAAAGAGACGCUGACCUGUGAGAAGUGCCCCCGGGUGUUUAAUACUCGCUGGUACCUGGAGAAGCACAUGAACGUUACUCAUAGGCGCAUGCAGAUUUGUGAUAAGUGUGGCAAGAAGUUUGUGCUGGAAAGUGAGCUGUCUCUUCACCAGCAGACAGACUGUGAAAAAAAUAUUCAGUGUGUGUCCUGUAACAAGUCAUUCAAGAAACUCUGGUCCCUUCAUGAACAUAUCAAGAUUGUUCAUGGAUACGCAGAAAAGAAAUUUUCCUGUGAAAUUUGUGAGAAGAAAUUCUAUACCAUGGCUCAUGUGCGGAAACACAUGGUUGCGCACACAAAAGACAUGCCCUUUACAUGUGAGACCUGCGGAAAAUCCUUCAAGCGUAGCAUGUCCCUCAAGGUGCACUCCUUGCAGCACUCUGGAGAGAAGCCCUUCAGGUGUGAGAAUUGUGAUGAAAGGUUCCAGUACAAGUACCAGCUGCGCUCCCACAUGAGCAUCCAUAUUGGACACAAGCAGUUCAUGUGCCAGUGGUGUGGCAAGGACUUCAACAUGAAGCAGUACUUCGACGAACACAUGAAGACACACACUGGAGAGAAACCCUUCAUCUGUGAAAUCUGUGGCAAAAGCUUCACCAGCCGCCCCAACAUGAAGAGGCACCGCAGGACCCACACGGGCGAGAAGCCCUACCCCUGUGACGUGUGCGGCCUUCGCUUCCGCUUCUCCAACAUGCUCAAGGCCCACAAGGAGAAGUGCUUCAGGGUGACCAGCCCCGUGAACGUGCCGCCGGCCGUGCAGAUCCCCCUGACCAGCGCCCCAGUGGCCGCGGCCCCAGCGGCCGUGAACACGCCCGCCGCCCCCACCCCACCGCUCAACAUGAACCCCGUGAGCACCACGCUGCCCCCGCGGCCCCUGCCGCACCCCUUCUCGCACCUGCACAUCCACCCGCACCCGCACCCGCACCCUGCGCACCACCUACCCAUCCCGCCCGUCCCGCACCUGCCCCCGCCGCCCGCUCUCUUCAAGAGCGAGCCUUUAAACCACCGGGGCCAGGGCGAGGACACCUUCCUGCGGCACCUGGCCGAGAAGAACAGCUCGGGCCCGCACCACUAACGCCCGCACCUGGGUCCCCACGCGUG